UGCGAAUAUCAUAUUCCCUACGUCAGUUGGUGGAGAAGGGUGUCCCUGUGCACUCCCGCCAUCCAGCGAUUACACAGCUGCAGACUCCACGCCAAUCAGAGAGCGAGUGAAACUCGCGCACACAGCAUCCCGUCUCCAUGCUCAAAGUGAAGCUAGCAGUCUAUCUUUGACAGUAAAUCAGUCGUAACAAAUAUUUUAAUCUUCAAUGCACAUCAUAACGUCUGCGUGUCCUGGAAGCAUAGUAUAUGACUAUGCCCAAGCCAUUGCAAAUAUGGAUUAAUCCGGUUGUGCCGCUUUUUGAAGGACUUUUAAUGUUACUACAUGAUGACUUGUUUUCCAAAAUUGGCGUUUUUACUUUUUUACCUAAUUAUUGUGGGAGAAUGCAGCAAGCACAAAAGUAGUAGACGGAGAAGAUGGACUGGAGCCGUGGAAACUCAUAAGCAUGGCACGCUUCUAUCAAAAAAGAUGGUUGAUGCGACCAAGACCCGCAAAGUCAAAACGGACCACCUACUUCGAGUGGACGACCAUGACUUUACCAUGAGGCCAGCUUUUGCAGGUCCUGCUGUCCCAGUUGGGGUUGAUGUGCAGGUGGAGAGUUUGGACAGUAUUUCAGAAGUAGACAUGGACUUCACCAUGACACUUUACCUACGGCACUAUUGGAAAGAUGAGCGCCUGUCCUUCCCCAGCACAACAAACAAGAGCAUGACCUUUGAUGGCCGGCUAGUGAAGAAAAUUUGGGUGCCAGAUGUGUUCUUUGUCCAUUCCAAAAGAUCCUUCAUCCACGAUACUACCACAGACAAUAUUAUGCUAAGAGUUUACCCCGAUGGCCACGUCCUCUACAGCCUGAGGGUGACAGUAACUGCUGCAUGUAACAUGGACUUCAGUCGAUUCCCUCUGGAUUCACAGACAUGCACUCUAGAGCUUGAGAGCUAUGCCUACACAGAUGAAGACCUCAUGCUCUACUGGAAGAGUGGGAACGACUCUCUGAGUACAGAUGACAAGAUCUCGCUGUCUCAGUUUCUAAUCCAGCAGUUCCACACCACCUCCAGGCUUGCCUUCUACAGCAGCACAGGCUGGUACAAUCGGCUGUACAUCAACUUCACCUUGCGUCGCCACAUCUUCUUCUUCCUGCUCCAGACGUACUUCCCUGCUACCCUAAUGGUCAUGCUGUCGUGGGUGUCAUUCUGGAUUGACAGACGUGCAGUCCCUGCCAGAGUGUCUUUAGGCAUCACCACAGUGCUCACUAUGUCCACUAUCAUCACUGGAGUGAAUGCAUCAAUGCCUCGGGUCUCCUACAUCAAAGCUGUGGACAUUUACUUGUGGGUCAGCUUUGUGUUUGUAUUUCUGUCUGUUCUGGAGUAUGCUGCCGUCAACUACCUGACUACCGUGAAGGAUGGAAAAGAUCGGAAGCUAAGAGAGAAAGCCAAGGAGCAGGCCCUACCAUGUAGCUGUGGCAUGUCCCACACCAGGACCAUGAUGCUGGAUGGGACCUACAGCGAGGCCGACACCAACAGCCUAGCAGGCUACACCAGAGCCCCUAUUGUGACUGAAGACCCCCCAGAAAAACAGGAGCGCAUGGUGGUCCACCUCUCUUUAGACAAUGAGUACACUGGAACAAAGAAAAAGGGAAUUCGGGGUUUCAGUAUAAUUCAGAAUACCCAUACCAUUGACACCUACUCCCGCAUGAUAUUCCCUGGAGCCUAUAUCAUCUUUAACCUCAUUUACUGGUGUGUGUACUGUUAAGUCUGUUCUGGAUCAAGGUUAAGGGGUGUUGGGACCACCAACCAAUGCUUAGGUGACUGUAUGAGAGCAGUACUUGCAAAUAAGAAAUGCAACAACGUUUAUAAAAAAGUGAUUUAUAUGGAGCAUUUUAGAGAGUAUACAGCAUGAGUUCUCCAAUGCCACAGUAUUAAGCACACAGUAUGGUUUAUUAUUACUGAGCUGGAAGCUUAUUGAUAAGCUAAUUGGAGCAAUUUUAUGUUGUAGUUGUUUUGUUUGUGUCAAGAGGGUUUGGUGUUGUACAGCUCACCUGCCCUGGUGUUAAGAGACAUCCUGACAACUGACAUUAUUGAAGGACUUUCCUCCAUCAGUACUGUAGUGCAUAGUAUUUUGCAUUUAUAAGUGUUAAUGAUGCAUUAUUGUAUCUAGAGUGCCAUCAUAGCCUAUGUUUGACUCAAGAACUGAUAUUGUUAUACAGUAUGCCAACUGUAUACUGAUAGCCUAUUGGGGAAAGUAUGUUAUGAGCGGGUAGGGUAGAGUUUAGGGUGUGUGCAUUAUUUGUAUGCAGUCUAAAACCAAGUGAAGUUAGCUAUUCAUACAAUAGCAAAAAUAGCAUACAGGCACAAUGUUGGUUGGAUUGAAAGAGACAGUCAUAAGUAUUGUAAAUGUUCAUACAUAUUUAUUUAAAUGUAUGUAUAUGCAUAUUCACAUAUUUUCAUGGAUUUUUAUAUAUAUAUAUAUAUAUAUGUUGAUGCACUGAUUUUCAAGCCAUUAAACCUUAAUUAUGGGGUAAUGUUUUACAGGGUUGUACAUUUCACAUGCCAGAUAUAUCUGGUCCAUGAAAUAUAAAAUAUUAGAUAACAUUUUACUUGAAAUGUGUCAUCAUGAAUUUCAAGCCUCUUGUUUAAUAAAACAGUAUUUUAGAAAUGUGGUAUAAGUAUCCUUGACCAUGGCAGCUUGGAUAACAUAUAGCUAUAACAACAUCUGCUGAAAAUGUUGUACUGCUAUAACAAUAUGUAAAACAACACUCAACACUCAAAAGUGUUUGUAUGAAUGCCUAUGCCAAUUGUUUUGUCAAAGGUUUCAUUAAGACCGAGGCAAACAUAUAGACUAGUGCAUGCAGAUGGGAUUCCACCAAACAUCAGUACUAUGACAUUCAGCCUUACCUGUGACUUUCUUUAGGUUUUGUUUUUAUCUUGUUGUAGCAUUUUUACAAAUAUUUUUCCCUUUCAAUUUAUCAGUGCAAUAGAGGAUCAAAUUCAUGGUAGUGCAGGCAUUUCACUCAUCCUUAUCUUGUUUAUUUCACCAAAUCCUAUAGGGUCUCCCAGUAUCUUCCAGCAUGGUUACUGUGGCAGAACAAUAUUUCUCCUCCUGUCCCCUCCUGCCUCAGUUGGCACAUCAGCAUGUAGGGAGAAAUGUUCUAUCAGGUGUAACACGAACCAUCAGUGAAUGCAUUAAUGCAAGUGAAGAAUGUAUGCUUCUAAAAGCAGAACUUGUACACAAAUAAAUGCAACUAUAGAGCACAUGGCAUGUUUGAAGAGAAACGUGUUAUGAGCAUGUCUAAUAAAUUAUUCGCCCAA